UUAUAUUUGUGAGGACAUAUCAAUCAGUAUACAACAUGGCUGAUACCGAUAGUAACUCACAAUACGACGAAUUUAUCAUAGAUUCGUCUAAAUUGCAACUGGUUCUUGAAAUCCAAAAUAAGAUUGAGCAAAUGUUCAGUGUCAGUGUUUAUGUCGACGAAUCCACAGAUGUCAAAUGUGAAAAGAGCUGGUUGAAACUCGAGGGACAAAAUUGUGACAGGAAAAAUGCCAGGGAAUACAUUUUGGCAGUCUGUCACCCAGAGUCUAAGCAAAAACUUCAGAUUAAGGAAGCCAACAGUGAUUUGUUUGAUAAAGAAGUUCUUGAAGAUAUAGAAAUGCAGACUUGUGCAUUAAUAACACUCCAGGAUAACACUAUUGAGAUCUGUGGCACAGAGCUUGCAGUGAUUUUAGCAAUGACUACUUUAGAAAGUAAAGGUGCAGUAGGUAUAGAAGAUAUGGAAGCUGAUGGAGAGACAGAUGGAAAAACAGACGUGUCUCAAAAACCACCAGCAAAAAACAGGUGGUCUCGCAAAAUGGAUUCACAAUUAGAGAAACUCUUGUGUGACCCCAAAAACCGUUCAGAAAGCAUGUCUAUUAAUGACUUUUCCAAAACUUCACCAUCUAUUAAGAUGACUAUUUUGAAAUGUAUGCAAGAAAUGGAUGAUAUAAGUGACAGUGAUUUAUUUCCCAGCUGUAGAGAUGAUGCAGGAACAGUGCCUUCCUAUAGAUUGCCAAUUUACAUUGAUGAUGAAAGUGAGGAAGAAAAAGUAGAAAAGGAUUCUUUGGAUGGAAAGAGUGUGAAACAGUUGACAGAAAAAUUGACAACAGCUCAGAUAUCUCCCACCUCAUCUCCUCGACCAGCAGCUAAACAAAAAGUGAGUGGAUUUCCUGAAGAAGAAUAUUUCAGAUCCUUUGGGAAAAGUGUAGGAUACUCUGAGGCAGAUGUGGAAGUUGGAUUACAAUUAUGUGAUGAAAAAACAACACCAGCAGAUUUUCUAGGCAUAUUGAAUCAGGUGCAAGAAAAUAAAAAAGUGGGAAAAGACACAACUGAAAAAGCAAAAGCAGAUGUUCCUCAAAAGAAUAACUUCCCACCUCCUCCUGAUGUGCCCUCUCCAUCUUCCACCCCAGUUAAUGGAAGAAGAAGUCUCCCUCAGGAAUACAAGAAAAAGCUAGUGAAAGACUUUUCAGAAGAAACAGCUGACCUUAGUGUUGAAGAGCUGAAGAGGAGAAAUGAAGAGAGACAGAAAGUGUUGAAGUCAGCCUUUGAGCAGGGACUCAGUAAUGUGUCUGAUCCAAAAUCACCACAGAAAAAGAAAAGGAAAAAGAAAAAACGAAAGAAAGGCAGUGGUCCCGUGAAGUUUAUAGGUGAAGGAUCAAAGGAAAAUCCAGCCAUUGUUAGUGGCUCUGACGAUGACGAAGAGCAGACUAAGGUAAUGACUAUUUGGAAUGAGAAUCCUGAUGAAGAUUCAGAUAGUGAUGACUGUAUGAUUGUAGAUGAAACAUUCCCAACAACUGCCCCUUCUAAAAAUACUAACUCAAAUCAACCAAAGGCUGAGGUCCAAAAACAGCCACAGAAACCUUCAGGAAUUGACCAACCAUCCAAUUCUGCUUCUAGUUCAGAUGCUUUUCAGAGUACAGACUCUAAUCAGUCCACAGGGGAGCCAUGGACAGUGGUUCAAAAUCAAAAAGCAGGGCAGCAACGGUCAAGAUUUGACCAACCACCCCCUCCCCUUUUCCCCACUAAUCCAGGUGAUUUUCAGUUCAAUAGAGGGACAUCAAAUAACAGAGGUCCUUCCCGAUGGGAUGUACCUCCUCCAAACUUGGGACAAAAUAAUUUUUAUCAUGUGAAUCAAAUUCCACCUCCUGGUGUUGUUACUGCCCCAGUGCUGGGUGCUGGAGGACACCCUAUUAACCAGCAGAAAAAUUUACGCUAUAUCGUGAUUGAUGGCAGCAAUGUGGCUAUGUGUCAUGGAUGUCAUAAAGUAUUUUCCUGUCGGGGCAUUAAGAUUGUAAUAGACUACUUCCUUCAGCGGGGACAUACCCAGGUCACAGCUUUUGUUCCAGAGUGGAGGCGAUAUCGUGAAACAAGUGACAUCAAACAACAACAACUACUAAAUGAAAUGCAGGAAGAGGGACAUGUAGUUUUCACUCCAUCAAGGAGAAUUAACAAUAGGCUAAUAGCGUCUUAUGAUGAUAGAUUUAUUCUGGAGUUGGCAGAGAGAGAGGAUGGUAUAAUUGUAUCCAAUGAUCAGUACAGAGACCUCAUGCAGGAGAAGUACAGCUGGAGGAAAAUUAUUGAAGACAGACUUCUCCUAUUCUCAUUUGUUGGGGAUAACUUCAUGCCACCCUUUGAUCCCCUUGGAAGGAAUGGGCCAAACUUAGAUGAAUUUUUAAGUAAACCACAGGGCAGGAAAAGACAUACUGUUCCAUAUUAUCAAGAAAGAAACCCACAAAUUAAUGCAUGGAAUGCUGGGAAGAGGCAGCGUGAAAACUUCAACCCAAGACCUGUGGGUCAACCAUAUCCAGGGGCCCCUCCAACACGUGCCUGGGUCAGACCACAGCAUGCACAGCAAAGACAAAAUAAUCAAAUGCAGCAAGGUGGUCAAGGAAGAGGUGGAGGGGGAAGGGGAGGGGCCGUUAAUCCUCAGAGUCCUCAAAAACCUGCAGGACCCCUGAGGAAUAAAGCCAAAACUAAAGAGAUAGAAGAUCAACUCAAAGCUAUUUUUCCAGAAAAUGGAGGAAAAAUCAGUGAAAUUCUGCAGAAUCAUCCUUAUGAAACGGAUGUGGAGAAACUGACAAAUUAUUUAAUGAAUGCAGUUUUUUCUUCAUGAACAGUUCUUGCAAUGUGCACCUUCAUUUAACACAGGAUUGAAGCUUGGCACUGUUUUCCAGUUCUGACUAGUCUUUUGAUCGUCUGAUGUAAUCAGGUUGUCUCUAUAUUAAGAACCAAUGUUUGGUUGGAAGCCACUUGGUUUAAAAUAGUGCUUUGUGAAAGUGCUGUUCUCUCAUUUUCAUUUGCAGAAUAAAACUUUUUCCAUGUAAAGUAACAUGUUCAGUAGAUAACCAAUGUGAUAGGAACUAUUGAAGAAUCAAGAAAAUUACUUUGUUUUAUUUGCAAGAACAAGUUUAAGUUUUGAAAAAAAAAAAACGAAAACAACAGCAUUAAUCAUGAAGGAUUUAAUCAAAAAUAUUAAUGGAAAUAUUUUGAUGUUUGCACAUAUAAAUAAGGCAGCAUAUUGAUGAAAUGAAUCCAUAUAAAUGUAAAGAACACCAGGUAAAAGGAGGCCUCAUUAUUUACGUUAUAUAUAGAUGCACUGUUUACUUUUUUGUGCAAUAAUUGCCAUUAUUAGACUUGCUCUUUGAGAGAUGUCAAUUUAUUUAAGAAAUUUGUUUCAAGUUUAGUUUAUGAAGGUAUUAUCUGAUACAUUUCCACCAGGCACACAUAUUUCCUCAUGAACUUUGAAAUACACCAUACAUUACCAAUGCAUUUACAUGUACAUUCCAAAUAUUUAAUUAUUUCAUUUGAACACAAAGAUGGCGACA